UUGAUGAGAUGAAACAAGCGCGAUAAAUUUGUAGUAGGAGUUUAAGAUACUGUUGAGCAUGGUAAAAUUUUGGGUGACCUAUUUCCAGUGUCUGGCGAGAUGACUUUCGGGCGACUUGACCGUAAAUCCUCCCAGGUGCUUCAUGCUACAGAAACCUCCAAGGGUGAUCCCCAGCCUUUCUAAGUUAACCAUUUCCUUGACCUGACCUUAUGGUUUUGUUUCACAGCUAAAAAACAUGGUUUAACGGAUGUCUCGCAAGACGUGGUCAGUUUGGUAUCACACGCAACUCAAGAGCGACUACGGAACAUGCUGGAAAAAAUAUCCACAAUUAGUUUGCAUCGACUUGAAGUUUACAGGGUAUGUAGUUUUACUGCGCAUGUUCUUUCAUAGCCUUCUACACAGAGCUUCCUUGGCUUGUCACUCAAAUGACAUUUACAAUAACGUCUUUGUAGAAGGCUAGUAUAUAAUUACAUCGUUGUUGGACCCUCGUUGGCUCAGUUGCCAAGUUAUUAAAGUAAAUGUUGUCCAUGAUUGUCUGCCAUCAUAUUCAACUUGUAUGGUGUAUCAUUUGAAGUAAACUAUGAACUCUCCCUUAACUGACAUCUUAACUUGGACUCAUGCAGACUUGAGUAGACUAAUCCUCUUGCUCUUCGAGGGAGGAAUUGUGCAUCGAUCAAAACACGAAACGAUUGCAUUUUUGGGCGGAGGUUUUGGGGUAGUUCCAUGACAUGUUGAUACACCUCACUUUUCCUGGAUGGUUUCUUUUCCAGCUCUGAGGGAAUCUUCCUUUUCUCGUCCCGUACCCGAGUCGAUCCCAGUCUAAAGCUUGCCUCUUGAUAUUCAAUCCUGUCCCAUUUCCUUCUUCUGAUGGUGUUUUGAAUCCGUUCUCCACCCGAACUGAUUAUCACUUGCUUAGUUUGCCCACGUAAAUACUAAACUAUGUCUACUCACCACUCCUCAAGAUGCGGACGGUUCAAUUGUCCACUCGUUAAUCCUCUUUAUAUUCUCAAAUCGACAAGUCGACUAUUUUAAAAGCCAAUGUUUUACAAGGGCGAAGUCUUGUACCAAAACCUGAAUCACCGGCGUUGUAUUCAGUGAAGAGUUGUAGAAUGUUCCGCGUUCCAGGUUUUCGUACAUAUUAGAGAGCUUUAGAUUCGAGGACGAGGACGACUACGAGUACGAAAUUUGAUUUAAAGUUUUUCCGCGUAUUGUCAAAAAAUAGACACCCUGGAAUUCUUCAUUGAACUGUUUUUCACCAGAAAAGUUAGCACUGUUAUCGUUAUUGAAGGAGGUUAAACCCUUUCCCGAUUACAAAAUGCUAAAACUUCUAACAUUUGAUAACUUUGUUCCUGCCACUACUACAUUCUCGCUAAAACUCGUAGUACAAUGACGACGGCUACCACUUUUUCCCGCCAAAAUGACGCUGGUUCACUCGCGAGCACUCUCGUACUCGUAGUCGUUCUCGUCUUAGAAUCUAAAGGUCUCUAUUCUCUAAAAAUAGGCACGCCGAAAAGCUUCAUUGUACUUUUUUUUUUUUUACCACAAAAGUUAGUACGCUUAUCUCCGUUGAAGGAGAUGAAGCCCUCUCCCGAUCGCUAAAUGAUAAAUUUCGUAACACAUUGUUUUCGCCACAACGACAUUUUCGCUAAACCUCGUUGAAGAAUGACGUUGGCUUUCACAUUUUCCCACCAAAAUGACGUUGGUUCGCGCGCGUGCGCUGCUUAGUAUUGAGAAAAUCUCGUUCUCGUCGUCCUUGUCGUAGAAUCUAACGCUCUCCAUUGGUGGAUGUGGAAAGGACCCCCCUAGGAAGCUCGUGGCCUUCGGCCAAUAUGGACUUCUCCCCCAUACGAUGAAUCCUAGAUAGAACCCUGCUGACAUUUUUACAGUAUAUGAUGCUAAAUUUGUACUGAUGAUUUUUUUUUUCUUUUUGCUUUGGUAACUUCAGGACGAUCCAAUUUAUGAAGUAGGUGUUGAUAUACGGUCUCAGCUGCGGGUUUUUGAGCAGAUAGAUGAAGUCGAGAGAAAAAAGCGAGACGCUAGAGAAAGAGAUAUUUUAAUGCGGGCUGCCAAGGUACGUCUGGUUGUCUCAGUACUCUAACGUUUAUGUAUAUUUUAACAAUGCGAUCCUUCCCUUCUUACAUUCGGAAUAAUUAAACAUUUAAACUAUUAAAAUAGUUUAGAUGGCUCGUCUACAUCCAACGAAUUUGGAUGUUGGGUAUCAGUGGAUAGUCUGGUAGAACUUUCGCAUUCAACGUAUUCUAUCAGACCAGCAAAUCUUCGCCUUACAAUGUAUUUGGUCUUUUUCACGAACAGUCACAAGGCGCUUCUAAAGUGCUCUCCGUCUGACAGCUGCCCAGCGGGACAAGUGGAAAGACCCGUUGGGCCAGUAUGUUGCAUGGUUCCCACACAAUCAACAUUCCUGAUGAAUACUUCAGUUGUUUACGGAUUUGGCCCCAGCACCAGAUUUUAUUGAAGACUAUAAAGUAUUCAAUAGUGUUUGCUAAACCAGUUAAAACUAACAUAAAGCUAUUGUUUCUUUAAAUAGAGCCGGUCGAGGCAAGAAGAUCCUGAGCAAGCGCGACUUAAAGAGAAGGCAAAACAGGUACACAGAAUUCAUUCAUUUCAUUUGAUCUCAUAUUAUUGGUUACUUCAGAUUUACAAUGUUAUUUUCUCACAGCCCACAAAUAGCAGAGACUAGUCUAGGUGGGCAGUGUCUAUAUAAAACAAAAUACGCACUGCGAGGUUCAGAACGUACUGCAUGACCGUCUUCCACGCACACAUGGAACAGAGUGAAGUUGUUUCCUGUAGUUCUCCCUGACCUGUAUAAUUCUUUACCGAUAUUAACAAAAAGACCUCAGCUUUAACGUCGGUGUGACGUCUGUUGUGAAGUCGGUUUCUCCCUUGAAAGGGUAAAGCAAGAGUACCGUCGGCCCCAGGUUUUUCAGCCAGAUGAUGAUACCUUUACCUUUUGUUUAUUUUUGUCAUCAAUCGUUUUGAAAUCCUUAUACUCCAGUUACAACAAGAAGAAGAAGAACUAAUUCGGAAGCGAGCAGCUAACUCAACGGCGCUGGCCGCCAUUGGACCAAGAAAAAAGAGAAAAUUAGAUGAAGCUUUGGAGGGAAGUUCGUCUUCUUCAACACCGGUAAGCAUUUAAAAGGCAGCGUACAACGCUUUUUCAAUUUCUUGCAAAGAUACAGAAACUUAACACUUACCACUUCUAUUUUUUGAAAAGUACAGUAGUUGUUUCGUUUUCGUGAGAAUUCUGUUUCAUUGGGGUUUCGUGUUAUCAUUUAGGGUUCGUCUUCCACCUCAGCAUCGCCAUCGUCUUCCAGCGCACUUGGAAACCAAAACGACGUUCGAAAACAGGUAAGAAAAGGGAUCAGUAAAAGAUUCUGAGAAACUGCCCACUAACCCCCGUAAUGAUCCCAAGACACUGCUUUAUUCCUCCUUACUUGCUAUCCUUUUCCAGGCUACAAGAUAGUACAUAGUGCAGUCGUGCAGCAAAACGUGACGCGUAAAACGCGCUGACUGGGGAGAGAGAGGGCAGCUUUCUCCCAUUUUUUUACGCCACCGCCCCCUUUUCACAGAACGCGCGUGCGUCUUGUUUUUACGCUGUAACAGGCUAUUCCUUGCCGGCCUGAAUGUACCAUGUAUUAUAGGGUUGCUUUGGGGACCAAUUGUAACCCAAUUCCUUGCGAAACUUUGUAAUAGCCAAUAAAAGAAGUUAUAGCAUCCCCCAAAAUGUCGCGUGGUGCAAUUCGACUCAACACUGAUCCAGUCUCGCUCCAAACCUCACGAUGGUCAAUCGGGUAAGCACAAGAUCCCAUCGGACACCUUAUGAAGCUUAUACAACAAAGUUUUCCCUGUUGCUUCUACACUGUUAGUGUAUAUCUACAGUGUACAAGGGAAACCAAAGCGACAAGGAAUACUCUGUAGUGUAAACUUCAUUAGGUGUCCAAGGGGUUUAAGGCCGAUGGAAUUUAAUGCUAGCCAGCCAAUCGUCCCUGACAUUUUUUUUCUUUUCUUUGCUCAGGUACCUCGCCAGAGAAUGCGGAGAGUACUCCUCAAAGAUCUUAUUUUUGUAAUGGAACAAGAAAAAGAGACAACGAAAUCUUUAUUAUUAUACAAAGCGUUACUCAAGUAGCCCGGCUCCCAGAGUCGUAACGCUUCGCAUUCAUGAACAUCCAGGCACUGUUUCUAGAAGGGCGUGUCAGGGGUCCAACUUAUAUUUAUUGUCACAUGGUGCGUUUUGGGUAAUAAAGAUUACCUGGAAGUGUGCCAAACAGAUACGCAACAUCCGUACAAGGACUUAAUAGGACGCAACUGUAUUGAAAGCGAAAGAAAAUACCAAAAUCAUUCUUUUUUGGUGAACGUUUUGUAAAUUAAUCGUAAGGUAUCCAAGAAUGCUACCAAUUAUGUCUAAUACACGCUGGUGAAGAGAUAACCAUAAAUAGUGGGAGACGCUCCCCCCAGCUAAACCGUUUUAGGUUCGCUCCAAUUUUUAAACGCUUUCGUACUCUAUAUUGUCAGUGUACCUAAACCCGUUUUAUGCCAGGAAUUUUCAGUAUUUAAGUCCGAGUUUUCGACAAAUUUCUUUUCUCUUAAAUCCGGGGGUGUUCUUUUAGUUGAGGUAUAUGCAUGCCUUUCGUUGAAACUUUAACCUAAUACUAAACUGCCGCCUGUAAGCCCUGGGCUUGUAAAUCUGCGUAAGGGGUCUUAUAUCCGGGGGAGGCUUGGAAUAGAAAAGGGGCUUGAAAACAAACAAUAGAGAGCUUUAGAUUUGAGGACGUUUAGGAGUAGGAGAUUUUAGAAAAAGACAUCCCGGAAAGCUUCAUUUUAAUUUUUUUUUCACCCAGAAAGUUAGUACGGUUAUUUAUAGAGCGUUUUCACUCACCUGGCCAUCAUCUGUGCAAAUUUUUUGGAAACAAAAGAAAGUUUUUACAUAAGAAAAGAGUUCAACUCCCACAGGAUUUACUUGGGACACCAACAUGGCCGCCGUUUCAUUGUUUUGGGACAUCAAUAUGGCCGCCGUGACGUUAUGUGAAAACGCUCUAUACUAAAGGAGGUUAAGACCUCUCCCAAUAGCAAAAUGAUAAAACUUCUUUCGUUUGAUAACUUGUUCCCGCCGCUACGACAUUUUCGCUAAAACUCGACGGCUGUCACGUUUUCCCGCCGAGAUGACGUUGGUUAUUCGUGAGCAGUACUCAAAAAAAUCUAGUACCCGUAGUCUUCCUCAUCUUAGAAUCUAAACCUCUCUAAUGGCAAUGCUGAACAAAACAAGUUUUGAAUUUACUGGUCAUUUUAAACUUCAUAGUAAAAGUUCGUAAAGAAUUGAAUUCAUUUCAAUGCAAGCCAGAGUGGGGCACGUAUGGG